AUAAUACAUAACUUGAAUAAUUCUAUAGAAUUAAUAACAAGAAUGAACACCAAGGAAUCAUUGGAACAAGCAAAGAAGUUGGCAGGAUACAAGGCUGUUGAUGAUUGUCUAAAGAGUGGCCUUAGAGUCGGAAUCGGCAGUGGUUCAACUAUAAAGUAUGUGGUCGAUCGCAUCAAGGAACUCGGUCUGAAUGUCACAUGCGUGCCUACAUCAUUCCAGUCCACCCAGCUGAUCGUUCAAGCCGGUCUCACAUUGUCCGACCUGUCUCUGACACCCGAGCUCGACAUCACAAUUGAUGGCGCCGACGAGGUCGACCGUGACCUCAACCUGAUCAAGGGUGGUGGUGCCUGCCAGCUGCAGGAGAAGGUCGUCGCCUACGCCUCCAAGCAGAUGGUCGUCGUCGCCGACUACACCAAGGACAGCGAGCACUUUGGCCAGCAAUGGAAGAAGGGUAUCCCCAUCGAGGUUGUGCCAAUGGCCUACGUGCCCGUCAUGAAGAAGCUGGCCACCAUGUCGCUGCGCCCAGUGCUGCGUAUGGCCGUCAACAAGGCCGGCCCAGUCGUCAGUGACAACGGCAACUUCAUCAUCGACGCCCAGUUCGACACUCUCAACGACGUCCCCGCCAUCGCCACCCAGAUCAAGAUGAUCCCAGGUGUUGUCGAGACCGGUCUGUUUGUCAACGUUGCCUGUCGCGCCUACUUUGGUCAGGCUGACGGCACUGUCAAGGAGAGACAGAGA